UUAAAGAACAUGAACAAGAUGUCUCUGAUCAUUUUGAGAUCAUAUAGCUGUAAGGUAAAAUUAAACGAUGUGGUUAUAGUUAGUGCAACUAGAACACCGAUAGGAUCAUUCCUUGGUGGGUUAUCAAGCUUAUCUGCACCAAAACUUGGAGCUGUAGCUAUACAAGCAGCAAUUGAACGUGCUGGAAUUUCUAAGGAAAAAGUUGCAGAAGUAUAUAUGGGAAAUGUUUGUCAAGCUUCUUUGGGUCAAGCACCAGCAAGACAAGCUACAUUAUUUGCAGGUCUCCCUGUAUCAACAAUAUGUACAACAAUUAAUAAAGUUUGUGCUAGUGGCAUGAAAAGUAUUAUGCUUGCUUCUCAGUUGCUACAAUGUGGACAGCAAGAGAUUGUUCUUGCUGGUGGUAUGGAAUCAAUGUCUAAUGUACCAUUUUAUCUCUCACGAGGAGAAACUAAAUAUGGUGGAAUGAAACUUGAGGAUGGUAUUGUGUUUGAUGGUUUGACUGAUGUUUAUAAUAAAUUUCAUAUGGGAAAUUGUGCAGAAAAUACUGCAAAAAAGUUACAAAUUACACGCGAUGAGCAAGAUGAAUAUGCUAUUAACAGUUACAAACGCAGUGCUACAGCAUAUGAGAAUAAUGUAUUUCAAGAUGAACUUGUUUCUGUUUCUGUACCUAAAAAAAAAGGCAAUCCUGAUGUAAUAUUUAAUGAAGAUGAGGAGUAUAAGAAAGUGAAUUUUGCUAAAUUUACUAAACUGAAUACAGUUUUUCAGAAGGAGAAUGGUACAGUAACUGCUGGGAAUGCAUCUACUUUAAACGAUGGUGCUGCUGCUUUAAUCUUGACAACUGCAAAUGUUGCUGAGAAAAUGAAUCUGAAACCUUUAGCACGAAUUAUCGCAUUUCAGGAUGCUGCAACUGAUCCCAUUGAUUUUCCUAUAGCACCAUCUUUUGGUAUUCCUAAAUUAUUACAAAAUGCUGGGGUUAAUAAGAACGAUAUAUCUCUAUGGGAAAUUAACGAAGCUUUCAGUGUAGUUGUAGUUGCAAAUCAAAAAUUACUCGAAAUUGAUCCUAGCAAAGUAAAUGUUCAUGGUGGAGCUGUGUCUCUUGGUCAUCCCAUUGGUAUGUCUGGAGCACGCAUUGUGGUACAUUUAGCACAUGCUUUAAAAGCUGGACAAAAAGGUGUUGCAUCUAUUUGCAAUGGCGGCGGUGGGUCUUCUUCAAUUUUAAUUGAAAAAUUGUAA